AUGAGCAGUGGUUUGUUCAAUGGUGUGAUUAUUGGACCAUUUUUACAAGCGGCACUUAAAUAUGCCAAAUUCGUGGGACCGGGUAUUAUGGUUUCCGUGGCCUACAUGGACCCCGGAAAUUACUCCACAUCAGUAGCAGCUGGUUCUAGUUACGAAUACAAAUUGCUGGUGGCAGUUUUUGUGUCAAACCUGUUUGCAGUUCUGUUGCAAUGCCUGUGUAUAAAGGUUGGUUCGGUAACAGGGCUGGAUCUGGCGCAAAAUUGUCGGUUGCAUUUGCCUCGGUGGUUGAAUCUCACAGUCUACGUCUUCACCGAAAUCGCCAUUGUGGCCACCGAUUUGGCCGAAGUUGUGGGAAGCGCGAUUGCGUUGAACAUUUUGUUUGGGAUUCCGCUGGAGCUUGGAAUUGUGCUUACUGUGGUGGAGGUUCUGAUUGUUCUGGUAGCAUACAAGUCAGACGGAACCACCAGGCAGCUGAGAUAUUUUGAGCUAUUUGUAUCAGCCUUGGUCUUUGCAACUUGUGUUUGUUUUGCAAUACUUCUCCAAAAGGUUGAAAUUGCGGACGUUGGCGCUGUUUUCAAGGGGUUUGCGCCUUUGUCGUCUGACAUUCUCGAGAAAAAGGCUAUCUACCUGUCCUUGGGGAUUCUGGGAGCUACAGUUAUGCCCCAUAGUUUGUAUUUGGGAUCAGCACUUGUUCAGCCGAGAUUACGAGAUUAUGACAUUAAACAUGGAAAUUAUGAACCAUUUGAAGGUGAACAGAACGGGGGUCCAUCACGGAUGAUUACAUACAGACCUUCAUUGAACGCUCUGGACUACUGCUUAAAGAUGUCAUAUUGGGAACUGAUUGCAUCGCUCUUCUUUAUUGCACUAUUUGUGAACAGCUCCAUCUUGAUCGUUGCUGGAGCAUCUUUGUACGGAAAACCUGAUGCCGCUGACGCGGAUCUUCUUACCAUCUACGACAUGCUAACUGGUUAUGUUUCGCCCACCGCAGGGUUGUUGUUUGCUCUUGCAAUGCUCUUCUCCGGACAGAGUGCAGGAAUAAUUUGCACCAUGUCUGGACAAAUUGUAAGCGAAGGGUUUAUCCAUUGGAAGGUCAAGCCUUGGGUGAGAAGAAUCAUAACCAGACUGAUUUGCAUUAUUCCCUGUUUGGGAAUGGUGUUAUUUGUUGGACGAAAGGGAAUUGCACAGAUCCUGAAUGGAUCCCAAGUGUUGUUAUCUCUUAUACUUCCCAUUGUGUCUGCUCCAUUGAUUUACUUCAGUUGCAGUCACGAGAUAAUGAGAGUUAGGGUGAACAAAGUGCCGAUCGAAAACCGUGAGACUGAACAUGACUCAAUAGACGAACAAACGAACCUGCUUCCUCAAUCAAAGACCUACAGUGGUGCCGAGUAUCUGGAUUAUACCAACGGGGUUAUUCUCUCGGCGCUAUCAUUGCUAACCUGGGGUAGUAUCAGUUGCUUGAACUUUUACCUAAUUAUACAGUUCAUGAGGGGUGAGGACAUUGACUUCUGA